AUGUCAUUUAAUAAUUCUGGAAAUGAAGACUUUUACUUUGAGGGGAUAUUUCCUACAUGUGACGAAGAAUAUAUGGAAGCUACAAAACGUAUAAUAACUGAUGUUAAUUCUCUUAGUGAUAAUACUUGUACUAUGAUAUACCAUUCUGUAGGAGUUAGAGAUCCUAGGAAUGAAUCAUAUUUUAUAGAUGAUUGUAAAGCACUUAUUCAAUAUUUAAGUGGUAUAGAAAAUAAAACAGAAGAAUCAGAUAUAAAAUCACGUUGUAAUUACUUAAACUACAAAUUGAAAUAUGAUCUUAUGGGAUAUCACUGUUCUAUUCAAAAUACAAAAGAGGUUUACCAAAAAAUUGUAGAUUCAUACAAACCAUAUAAUAAGAUACUUAAUAAAUGUAAUUCCCAUAUUAAAAAUCUUGAUUUGGAUACAUUUUAUAAGUUUUACUUUUUGAACUGGUUGUAUAAUUAUCUUAACGUAUUUAUAGGAGGAAAAUUCAUUUGUCCCUUCAACACAGAUGAUUUUAAAAAAUAUAUAGUUCUUUUAAAAAAAUGUGAAAUUGAGAAUAACAGGAAUUUUUGUAAUGUUCUGGAAAAGUUCAAAGCACAAUAUAGUGAUUAUAUUCAUAAAUUAACUAAAUGCUUAGAAGGUCAUAAAGGCUUAACAUUCUCCUCUUGGAAGUAUACAACUUAUGGUUCAUAUAUAGGUUUAAGGAUAAGGGUAAUGUUGAGAUUUAGGAACAAAAAGAAUAAAGAACGCCUCAAAUUAUUAGAUUCAUUUGAAAAUGCAUUCAAUGAUUUAUCCAAUAAAGAAUGUCAAAUAGCAUAUAAUUCUUUAGAGUAA